CAAGAGCGCAUCUCUCUCUGCCCCUCCUCCCGGUAAGGUGCUGCGGGAGAUCCGCGGACCAAUGGAAACGCGAGGCUGGGACAGAGGGAAUCCUGAGCGCUGCUGUCAGGAUCUCAAACAGCGGCGAGUAAAACGGACCGUCCGCACGCGCAACGAACAAUCUGCCCGGAGGAAUAUUGAAUAUUUUCAGUACGGGAAUGCGAGUCUGACCUGCUAACUUAAACGCAAGAUUGCUGAGUGGAAUCUGUGAGGGUUUGCAAACAACAGAAGUGUGUAGUGUGUGUCCAUUGAAGAGACCGUUUCCCCUCUGCUGAUAAUGAAGCACUAUUUCCACAUGAGGAGGCAUUGACUCCGGCGCAGCCCUGUCGCGCCCACAGCGGCCCCUCUCGGCCCGGGCGGCCCACCAUGCCCCGGCCAUGAAGGGUUAUCAGGUGAGUCGCAGUCUAUCGCAACACUCCUCCGGGCCUUGCUACUGCAUGCCUGAGGACUGCGACACUGCGCGGGACUACAUGCACCACCCCGACCACUACCAGGGGCACAAUGACCACCCCUACUACCCGCCUGGUGGGCCCCCUGAACACCUGGCCAUGGUCCCAUCUGGUGGAGGCACCUUCCCUCGCUCACACCCCAGUCAGCCGCAGCCCUACGACUCCUCGUGUGAAGAGUGUUUAUCCUCGGCAGGGCAUGGCCACGGGGGAAAGAUGCACCGUAUCCCGCCCAACCUUCUGGAUCAGUUCGAGAAACAGGUGCCCUUCCACCCCGAUGGCUUCCAUACCCUGCAGUACCAACGUACAGCCAGUGGGGAGCAACGCAGCGAGAGUCCGAGUCGCAUACGGCAUCUGGUGAACUCAGUUCAGCGUCUUUUCGCCAAGUCUCAUUCUCUGGAGACGCCCUCUAAACGGGAGUUUAACGGCACCCGUGGGGGAGAGUAUCGGGACAGGGAUAGGGGGCACCGCAGCGGUGGCGAGGAGAGUGGCGGACAUCAUUAUUCGGGAACACACCAGUCUCGCUCUGCCCGCCGCAACAAGAGCCGAGAACGAAGCAAGAGCGGAGACUCCCGCCACGAGUCUCGAAGCUCCCGCCACCGCAGCAAAACGGCUGGCUGGUGGAGCUCCGAUGACAACCUGGACAGCGACAGCAGCUUUCUGGUGGGUGCGGGCAGGGGUGGCCGGGGGUAUCCCACUGGACACGAGACUCUGGAUGCUGCCAUCCAGGAGCUUACCUUGAGGAAAGCUAAGGGUCCACCUCCAGGAGAGUGCCUGGCUUGCACCAACAUAGCCAUGGCAGGGGACAGCGGACACUCUCUGAAGAGGAGCACAUGGUCAGCCAUGACGGUCAGUCAGGCUAGAGAGGUCUAUCCAACUCCCCGUGGAGGUGGAGGUGGAGGUGGAGGAGGAGCGGGAAGGGGUGGAGGAGGAUAUGACAAGGCAUUGGUUCCCCUGGAUCCCAAAAUGAAGGAACGAUCACUCCACUAUCUGCAGGUGCCCUCAGAUGACUGGUGUGGUGGCGGUCCAUCCGACAGUGGUGGGGAGAUCCCCUGCAGACGUAUGCGCAGUGGCAGCUACAUCAAGGCCAUGGGGGACGACGACAGCGCUGACUCAGACACCAGCCCCAAAGCCUCACCCAAAUCAGCCCUCAUCGCCCAGAGAGAAGCCUUCCGCCGGUCUGUCAGCAUGGACCAGCGCUCCUCCACCACAUCCAAGUACUCGUGUAAACAAUGUACAGACGUCUACCCGAACAGCCGCACCACGCCUAAGGGCCACGCUCGCUCCCGCAGCUACACACGCUCUCUGACCAGCGCUCAGCUGAGCGACUCUCUGAACCUGUUUGGAGAGAUGGAAUCACAGGCCGUUGAGGCACUGGAUCUACCCGGAUGCUUCCGCACCCGCAGUCACAGCUACGUACGGGCCAUCCAAGCCGGCUGCUCCCAGGACGAUGACUGCCUGUCUGUCUUCUCCAUGUCGGGCCCACAGGGGAGCGUGAAGGGCGAAGCAGUGUUCCCAUACAGGAAAGGACCCCCUCCUCUUCCCCCUCGCAUGUCCAAGCCAAUGAUCUCUGUGACCGCUCAAAGCAGCACUGAGUCCACUCAGGACGCUUACUUCCAGAGUACAGGACAGCCUGUUCUGGUCCGGCCCAGACAGCACAGCAACUCAGUGGACCUGACAGAAAGCAGCGGGGGCCGUACCUCAAGAGGUGGGCAUUACCUUGGCGGGAGUACGACGCGGGUCAGACAGAGCAGCAACUCUGCAGAGAGUCUGAACGGCAGGGCCCUUCAGAGCAUCGGCUACCCUGGUGGACCUGGUCCAAUGAAACCGAAACACAGCAGCUCGGCCGAUAACCUGCUGGAGGGGCCCAGGGGAUCCAGGGACCGGGCUGGAGGCAGCCUGGGAAAAUCGUCCUCGCUGCCCCAGAACAGUAUGUCCCUAGCUAAAGCUCUGACUGGAGGAGAGGAGUUCAAACAGGAAGGACGAGGAAGGAAGUGGAGACCCUCUAUCGCAGUGCAGGUGGACAGCUCAGAGACAUUGUCUGACUCAGACCCUGAAGGCAAAGCGCUGAGAGAGGUGCACUCCAUAGGGGUUCAGGUGGAGGAUGACAAGAGACGAGCCCGUUUCAAACGCUCCAAUAGUGUGACAGCGAGUGUCCAGGCUGAUCUUGAGACAGAGGGUUUUGGUGGGCUGACUGUCCCCACUCAAGACAAGGGCCUGCAGUUUGGCUGCUCAUUCCAGCGCCACUCGUCUGAACCGGAAUCAGCCGGUCAGUUUGCAGAGUACCGCACAGUGCACACACAGGGCCAGUGGGCCUACCGUGAGGAUUACCACAGCGGUUACACCACCGAGCCAGGCCCUCCAGAACUGAGGGCCCUGCCCCGCUCUCACUCCCCUCUGCCCCUGGCCCCCGAGCGGGGAGUGGGAGGUUGGAGCGAGGGCCCGCGGAGCCUCCCAGAUUCGGGCCGAGCCUCACCCUGCUUACGGGAUGGAGAGUUCUUCCUCCGGCUCCUGCAGACAGAGGUAGAGAGGAUGGAGGGAUGGUGCCAGAACAUGGAGAGGGAGGCAGAGACGAAUGAACUGCCGGAAGAUGUGCUGGAACUCAUCAGAGGAGCCGUCGGCAGUGCUCAGAUGCUCAUGUCACAAAGAGUCCAGCAGUUCUUCAGGAUGUGCCAACAGAGUGUGGAUCCUUCAUCAUACCCUCAGCCCACCACUCAGGAUCUGGCCAGUUAUUGGGACCUCCUCCAGCUAGCCAUUGAGGACGUCAGAGUGAAGUUUCAGGACCUCCAGCGGCUGAAAGACUCUGGUUGGCGGUUGCCUCCAGAGAAGAAGGAGGACAAGAAGGUUCCACCUCCAUUACCAAAGAAGCCCAUCGGUGGCGUAACGGGCAGCCUGAGAGCCGACAGCACAGCCGAGGCCGGAGGCAUGCUGGUGGUCUCACGUGGACGUAGUGUCCCCGAACGGGAAAAAUCGCUGGACGUGGGUGAACGGCAGAAGCUGGAGACACGGCGCAGGCUGCUCCAGACCAAACGCUCCGCCUCUUUCCGCCAGAAUUCUGCCACGGAGAGCGCUGACAGCAUCGAGAUCUACAUCACAGAGGCUCAGACGAGACUCUGAAUCAGUCAGACCCCUCCAGACCCCCGGAAACAACCACUACGGCUCUUCUCUGGCCCUCUGCACAGAUGUCCAGAGAGCGAGUGCAAUCACUCACUUUAGUGUUGAUAGAGAACUAGAGAUGGCCUACUAGUAUGCUGCUGGCAUUUGGAUGUGAGCUUACACAUUUUCUUUUCUUCUUUUUUUUUGUUGAGCAAGUGUUAUUAUUCUCAGAAAAAGGGCUCAACCAGCACAACCAAGUGUUACAAGAUUGAGACUUUUGUAAGUCCACAAAAUAUAUAAAAAUCUUAGGACUGUUUUAAUGAACCACAGCAACACAUACGGGUGCAAUAUCACAUAUUAAAAGGAUCUUAUCUUGUUAUUUUAAAUAAUAGACAUUGUUUUGAUAUAAUCUUGGCUGUGUAUGUGUUUCUUAAUUGAUUCCACAGUGCGGCGGACGUAGCCCCUUUCACUGUGACACAAGCGCACUCUUGUGGCCAGAGUAGAGCAAUGCACCCUGAUGUAAAUUUGGGCCUGAAACUGAAUGUCUUAGCAGUGCAGUAGUAAAACUCAACAACCUUUGCAGUAAAGAUAAAUGCCUUUUUUAAAGCCAGUUAUCAAAUUGUCACAGGGAUUCGUCUCCUGUAUAGUGCAAUAUCACUUUGCAAUUGUAUUCAGGCUUCUCGUCAGCCCAGUGAGAAGACACACUCCUUAAAAAAAGAUAAACACAACAAAAACAUUCAAGCUCUGAGGCAACAGCCACGCUUCCUGAAACAGGAUGGUCUACAUCAUACUACUCUUCAAAAACAGCAGCGGCUGUCCCAGGGGUGCAGAAGACAAUCCUUAAUUUCACACUUGACCUGCACACUGAUAAAUGAUCAUUCAGAGGGAAGGGGAAGCAUCUUGUUCAUUUCACCCCUCUGCCUUUUUUGUAACAGAUGAAAAAUGUGAAAUCAAUGUAGCUUCUACAUUUUGCCUGAGUGCUUUGAUUUUAUUCAUUUUUUAUUUAUUCUCCUUUUUUUUUUUUUUUUUUUUUUGAGAAAUUAAUCAAAUCACGUUUUCUGAUUAGUUCCAGUUCCAUUUUAUAGUGGUCUGGUUCACAAUUGACCCUUCGCCUGGAGUUUGAUUGACAAGCGAUCUAACCAAUCAUAACGCCGAAUCCGCCAUUUUGUCCGACAAAGCAGUCAGGAGUCAGAAGAUUAACCUCGGUGGACUUGAAUUUGAAAAAUGGUGUGUACUGACGUCUUUCCGCGUUUGAAACAACAUUCCUUCUCAUGUUCAUUCAUGUUUAUUUGAUGCUAUGAAUUAACUAGUAGGAAGAGAUGGUCGGUUCACAAGCCGCUUGAGCUGAGGCGCUAUAGCAAUCUGUCACGACACAAAACGGUUUUUAUUGUUCGAAUUUCUUUAAAAAAUUACACAAUUUGAAAGCUGGGAUUUUGUUUAAUAUCAUAAGUAACCUGCUCUGUCUUAUCUGCCGACGUGUUGUCAGUGUCCUCUUUGCUCCGCGAUGUAUUUUUCACUCUGUGGCGUGACAGCGCCAUGGCUUGUCAGACAAAGCAACAGUAACUAAGGGGGGCGGGUCUUUGCGAAGGGUCAGUUGUCUCAUUUAGGGUACGUUUACACGACAAUGAUGUACUAAAAACGGGAAAAAGUUUUUUUCUUUGUACAUAUGAAAAUGUCAUCAAAACUAUCCCUGUUCACACGGAUGGAUCCGCAAGUGACUAAAAAGCGCUGCAUUACGCAUGCCAGACAAGUAGUUGGCGGUGUCAAUUUGUAAGAAAGACUACGCGCAUGCGCAUUUCUCUUACACUCGCGCCAAACGCGCAUGCCUGACUAAACACGUAAUACGCAUGUGCAUACCGUCAUCGUUUUCACAGAUUCGCGUUUUUGCAUUUUACACAGAGAUGACAACGGUAUCCUUUUCAAAAACUUGCACUUUGAAAUCCGUUUUCAAAAGUUUGCGUUUUCAGGCCACCAAAACGCCGUUAUCGUGUAAAUAAACGACCAAAACACAUAAAAUGUUUUCUGUUUUACGUUGAAAACAGUGUCGUGUAAACAACACCUAAAUUUUUAUUUCUUUUUCAGAAUUAUCUGUUUGGUACCGUAUUUCCUUCUUUAAUUUUGUCUGAGGCUCAAACAAAAUUUAGAUUCUUUUAGAAAUUAAAGUCAGUGUCCACUUUACGCCAAAAGUUUUUUUUUUUAAAAAUGCUGUGUUUAAGUAGUGAAGUUUUGUGUGUUUAUGAAAGAAAGGAAACACUGGUGAAUAUAUAAUAUGAUAGAAAGAAUGGAUUGUUUGUGUGCAUUCAUCUUUUAAUUUGGAUGAAAGCAAACUGGAAACCCGAUCACACAAUCAUUCUUGCCAUUUAUUGUCAUAAAAAGGAAAAAAUGUUGAUUGCAUGAGCAUUUUUUGUUUGUUUGUUUUUGGUAUGUUUAACCAUGGAAUAAGAUGGGAAAUAUUUUAUUGGGAGAUGUAUAUUUUAUAAAGUACAUUUUUAGAUUAGCAGAUGAACAUAUGUUGUCAAAAGUGGUGUUCAAAUAUGUUAUAAAAGUGUCUACAAAUUUACACAUUUGGGUCAUGACAGCUCUGUGGACUUUAAAGAAGACUUUAGGCAACUCACCGUUUCAAACAGAAUCGUGUUGCUUUCCUCUUAUUUCUUUUGUCGGUCUUGAAAUGGACUGGUUAAAGACUUUUGACAAAAGAAGAGACGGUUGACAGCCACUCGCCAUCUUGUCCAUAGGCGAAAGGUAUAAUCUGUUUUCUAUGUCUUGACUAUCUACACGUGCCUAACAGCACUAUGUGUGGCUUUUUUAAAAUCUAACUAUUCAGUAUUAUAUUCAAUACGAAAUAUAUAACUCACACAAUAUGUAUUGUUCUAAUAAUUUGAUUUGUUACACCUCAUCCAGCUAAUAACCACCUCACACUGGAUGUUUCUAUGUAACCUGCAUGCUUUUAUUAAUCCAUGAAAAAAAUGAACAAACUCUUCUAUCAAAACUGUAGAUCUUUAUCCCCUGUCUGGAAAAAAAAGGGCAGGAAUAUUUAUCUAUUUAUUUACAAUAACUACAUACACAUUUCUGUAGCUAAACUUGUUAGAUUUUUUAAAUCAAUUUCGACAGUUAUUUCAGACAUUUGCAGUGUUUUUUUAUUUUUAUUUGUAUUUACUGUUGCCUAUCAUCUCAUUUUUGUUUAUUUAUUUAUAUUUUAUUUAUUUAUUUUAUUGAUACAUUUUUUUUUUAAAACUUCAAAAUGGUUGUAUUUACAGUCAACUUACACGUUUCGAGUCUAAGAUGACAGAAAAGCACAACAGACUAUUUCCUCUUCCACUGUGAAGGACUUCCUGCCUUCUCAAAAGACUGAAAGACUAUGUACGACAUGCCGUUUGGGUUUCCAGUGCGAGAAAUAGGAUGAUCUCUUAUCAGGGCCAUAUGUUUUUGAUAUACCAACGAAACUUAAUUUCAAGCAAGACUGACCACACUUUCCCCCCGCCAAGUCGCUUGCCUUCUCAGGCACUGACAGGAAUCAAUCUGACGCUCAAAUGGACUGCUCAGAAAGACUAUUUUGAUGGCCUUUCUAUUCUCACCAACAUUUUCCAAUGUAAAUGGAUUGAUGGCACCUAAUCAAAUACAAUAUUAAUGGCUGCAUCUCUUGCUGCAUCAUGUAACGCUUCCCAUGUCAACACAUGACCCGAUCGGUAUGUUGAUUGUCGGUUCUUGAGAGACACCCGAUCUGGUGUCUCUUAAUUGGUCAGAAUGGAUGGCUGAAACUCUCUGCCAUUGCUCCUUUAAACUGAAAAACGAGUCUAAAAGGUGUUGGCGAAGCCUCUGUAUAUGCCGUAAACAGAUUUAGCUAGAGUAAGUGAUGAAUAUUUCUUCGUAGCACAGAGGAGCUUGUAGCAGUGUGACGUAGACGUUACGUUGGAUUCUAUACCACAUUACUGAUCACUGGAAAUUACAUGGGUCAUAGACUUACAAACAAUUACUGUGUAAUUACAAAUACCUUCUCAGUUCUGUUGUAUUAUGUACAGUAAAUAUAUCUGUUGCAAUUGAAGUUGUUAUUAUUAAUAUUCAAUGGAUUGUUAUGAUGAUUACUGGUAUUAUUGAUAAUUUCAUAUAUAAUGAAAAAAUGUUAUUGCAGUUAUGACUAUGAGAAAAUCUAUUCUGUAUUGUCCAGGGUGUUCAUGUGUAAAGAGCCACCCGAUUUAGAUCUUAUUCUUUUGUUUGUAAUUGCUGCUAAUGUAGAAAAUAGACAAUAUGAGAUAAAUUUUAAAAAAAAAGAAGAAGAAGAAGAAGAAGCUAAUGUUAGGCCCAUCUCCUCUAGCAUUUGUGUGCAAGAUAUCACAUGACAGAAAACCUCAAAUGAACAUGCAGAUCUGAAGACUAAGAAUACUUUCCCUCUCUAAAUGGAAAAAGAAUACAUGUUUGGGCAGUUUAUGAUGUAGCAAAACAAUUAUUUUCUUUUUUAAGUGUUCAUUGGGUUACUCAUAACAGAAAAUUGUGGAGAAUUUGAUUUAACAUUAUCACUAUUUACAGUUGUAUUUUUUUUUAAUCAUUUAUUUGUUUGAUACGGUAAAAUAAGUUGAUUUUGUAUCUAUGCUUUUUACAUUGUUUUACCAAACUGCAAUAGCUUACUGCAACUUCACCUUUUUCAAUAUAUUAUUUCCAGAUUUGAAAUAAAUCUGAAUCUCUUACCGGUUUGUUGAAUUGAAAGGGUGGAGGCCUUAUGAUGAAUAAUGGCACAGCUGAAAAAUUCAUGGAUCAUGUUUAGUCUUUGUUCUCUCUCCACUGAUAUGUACAGCUCAAUGUCUACUAUAGCAUUAAAUCGGAGAGAUGGCACACUGUGAUGUGGUAAACCUAAACAGAAUGUAAUAUUGUCAACGGUUGUUAACAUUUUCUAAAAAUUACUAUAAAGCUAUUUUAGCAAGGUAAAAUAACUGCUGUCCAUUUAUUGUUCUAUUUUCCUCAUAUUUCACAAGAACUUCAGUGCAUUCGGUGUUUUUCUUAAAGAUGUUUACAUAAACUUUUUGAAAAAUCUGUUUAAAAUGUACUCACAUUAGAAGAAGCCUCCGUUAAAGGGUUAGUUCACCCAAAAUUAAUUUUCUGUCAUUAAUUACUUACCCUCAUGUCGUUCCACAUCCGUAAGACCUUUGUUCAUCACAAAUUAAAAUAUUUUUUAAAGCAACGAAAUUACCACAUGGAGCCGGCCAAUAAUGAGUUGGUGUUUUGACGUAGAACAAGGAAGCUCUUAAAUGUGUCUUCAACGUAAACAGCAUAGGAGAAUGACAGGGUAGGGAAGAAAUUGUUGAAUAAAGCUGUUAUUUUUUUGUUUUGUUUUUGAACUAACCCCUUAAAGGGUUUUUGUCAUUCAUCCUUAACUAGAAAAAAAUGUUCUGAAAGUGACUCCAAUUAUAUUGUUCCUGUGUUGUGAACGUCCAUAUUCUCAUAGAAUUAGUACAAUCAUCAAUAUUUUAAAAAGUUAUAAUCAUUUGUGUGAACUGUCCUUUAAUGGACAAGUCUGCUUUUGAACGAGUCAUAAACCGCUUUGUUCAAAACACCAUUCAUUCACCGCCACUAAGCUCAAUUUUUAAGCUUGAUUUUUUUUUCCAUCACGUUUAGAACCACGUUGGUGGAACAAAAAGAGACGAAGUAACUGGCAAGAUUGCGUUAAAAUGCAAUUUACUCAAUAUUAACUUGCUAAUAUUGAGUUCUUGAAUAAAACCCCAUAACUUGUCGUUAUGCUGUCCUUGGUUUUAAUAUCAGCAUAUUCUUGUGACAUUUGGAACAGCAGUCUUUUUAGUUGUGUGAUAUUGCACCCAAAAUGACAAUUCUGUCAUUUACUAAAUUAAACCUGUUAAUCUUAUAAAGCGAUCCUGUCUCUUCAUAAGUCUAUUCACAUAUUUCAUACAAGUAAUUUUACGUCAUCUCUUUGCACUUUUGAAAUUUUGGUUGCAUGGACUUUCAAUGGAUGGAAAAUUAAAUUAAAAACUUUUUGCGGUAAAAAAAAAAAAAAAGUAUAAAAACUUUUAAUUUUUGGGUAAACUAUCCCUUUAAAUAUUUGUCAAAGAUCAGUGGGUGGUGCAAACUAUGACAAAUUAAGGAAUAAGAAAAAAAAGAAUGCAGGCAUAUUGUACAAAGUAGGAAAUAAAAACUUUAAUGGAUCAAUCAUUGAUACAAAUACAAACCAAAAACAAAAGAAACCAACUUAAAAGUAAUUUCCAGUCCCCUUCCUAGACAUAACCGUAUCAGAAUGUGCUAAGGUGAGAAGACAGAAUAAUGGGACAUUGCCUUUUGGUCCUUGUUAUAACUGUGUGCUGUUUACUACCAUGGCUUUUACUCUAGGAUGUGCAGACUGACGUACAGAAACAAAUGUAGAUGUGUAGGGGACUUCUGGGUAAAAUUUGUAGAUAUGAGACACAGAUCUAAUUAAAAAAAACAACAUAAAUACAAAUGACCAGGCCAAAACAUUGUCAGAGACCACAGCAUUAUUCCUGGGUCUCCAUGCUUUCAUCUUCCCCUUCUCCACCUUCCUCCAA